AUGGCAGAUGAAAGCGCGCGACUGACCUAUGCCCGCCACUCAAGGCACCACGACGACACACACGACCAGGACAACGGCAGCCCCCCAAUGCCCCUCCCAGACCCCGCCCUCUACCCAGACCCCUACCCCUUCAGGCUUCCCCAUCACCAUCUCGCUAACCUCCCGCCCCUCUCCUCAGGCGCUUCCUCCUCCGCAUCCACCCGCUCGUCCGCCUAUACAAGCUCAGGAAGUGCUCUCGCAUAUGCGGACUACUCCAACGUCCAUGUAGCCUCGCCCGACGACGAACACGUUGGUGUGGGCAUCACCACCGACGCUGUCGUCCAGAUGCUUGCAAACGAUCCCGCGCAAUCGUCCUCUGCUCGCGGGCCCACCCAACGCACGCCGGAACGCACCAGGUGGUCCGAGUCGUACUCGGGCAGCGUUCGCUCACGAUCCUCGUCGCUUGGCAAUGGUGCCCAGAGUCACGAGAUCUCUCCCCCUCCUCCCCUCUCCCAGAAGCCCAGCUACGACAUCAGCUGGCAGACCGUCGACGAGAAGGACGAGACCGAGGACGAGACGGACGACGAGCACGCCAUCGACCCUAUUCCCAACGAGUUAGACGACAGCCACGAGGAACGCACUGCCGCCGCCGUUGUUGCAGAUGAAGGCCGAGGUCUCAUAGUACAGGGGGAUAACGUGCCCAUCGUUCAGCUUCAGGUCCAGCCAGGCACAACCCAUCUCUUGAUUGGAUCAUCUUCAACUCCCAAUGCAGUACCUUCGUUUUUGACCUCCGUGCUUCCCCAAAUCGGCCAUUCCCUCCUGGCUUUGGACAUCUCCGCCAACUUCCUCGGCGCCCUACCUCCUGUCCUUGCCGUCUGCGAAUGUCUCGAAGAGCUCAACGUCGCAUCAAAUCCACUCCGUGUCCUCCCAGUAUUUCUGGCUGACUUGACAAAUCUCCGCGUUUUGAUUGCUGAUUCCACUGGCAUCAACACACUGCCCGACGCACUUGUUGAUCUAGACAAGCUCCAUACAAUCAGCAUUCGGAGAAACAAGCUCCAUGCUCUUCCCAGUUGGCUCUGUCUCCUCCCAGCUUUGCAGACCCUAUGUGUCGACGGCAAUCCCUUCCAGGGUCCGUGGAAAGCACUUGUAGAUCCUCUACUCGCCAAGGUUCCCACCACCCCCGUUUACCCCCCUUCAACCCCCAUGAUGCCCCUAUCGGCUGGUGCACAGAGUUGCAACGGCACGGAAACCGACGGGACUGAUACAGAAGACCUUUCAGACCACGAAGGCUCCAGCCCGGGUCGUACCGGCUUUGCCUCUCCUCCCGAAGAAGACCACACGAUCACCCCUGAACGCGCAGCGCUUGGUCGAGCAACAACCUCACCACUUCCCCAGACGACCAAUCACCCUCCUCUGCUACAAGCUAAGCCUCUCACUCGGACACGAACAACCCCAAAUCGUGCUUAUUUUGACCAGACACGAGCAGCAGCAACAGGUACCGCUCCCCCCGAUUCGCGGGGCACGCGGCAGGCACCUUUGGGAAGAAACGACGACCCUGGCGGCGAACAUGAGAUCCGCAAAAUGAAGAGCGCAGGCGACCUUCGACGAGGUAGGUCAGCGAACGCGUCCGUCGCUGCAAACGGUGUGCCCCCACAACCGCCUCUAGUCAAUUAUUCCGGAUCCCUUUCGAGUUCUAACCUUCUGAACAUGGGCAACAACGCACCUGUGAAUGGUUCGUCUUCCGACCAGAUGUACAACAAGCGAUUCGCGAGCUUGGGCCCCAGUUCACAAUUUGGAUCGUCGUCGCGUCCUUCGCCAAACGCAGCUAGACCACAGUUGAGCAAGUCUAUGUGGGAUGGUUCUCCGGGGCCGAAUGCGUCCCACGAGAUUGGCGCUAUGGCACGGUCUUCGUCUUACGGCCCCUCAGCAUCUAUGCCAGUUCCGCAGCUUCCGAAACAUGGAGACGCAGGUAAGGCGGCCCGGCAGCGGUCAUCUCGUGAGAAGGGUAGCCGGUGGGGUUUUUUGAAGAAAAUGUCAAUGGGCAAGAUGAAACCGGAUACACCGUCUCCCUCACCGUCUGGUUCACCAAAUCCUCCUCGUAUCAGUAGACCACAGACAUCCGCAGGUUCUUUUCCACCCCAGCAUGGGUCCGGUUCCAACAGGCCCGGCCCGGACGGGCCAAGCUCAAGUGCCUUGCCCCAGAUCGACCUUCGCCUAUCCACCAGCGGCAUGCUAGAUGCAUUGCCGUCUAUACCCUCUGCGACGAUCGCCCCUCCAAACGCUCCAAAUCCUCCGAAACCACCCCCUUCCAACACCUUGGCACCUCCUCCCACCUCCAAUGGCCUCUUAUCUCCGCCUACAACAACACCAAGAGCGAAGCGCCGGAGCUUCCUACCCAUCGAUGCACCAGGUUCCAUGUCACUGAGCAUACCGGAGAAUUCAGCAUUCGUGACCGGCGUGGUCGUGGCACACGAUGGCGAAGAAAACUCACAAGGUCCAGAUCCGACAAGGGCCACUACUCCGAGCCCAGUACUCAGCAACGAACAGUACAUCCGGCGUGAGGAAGAUCGUGCACGAGACGCAUAUAUGCGUGCUUUGCGUUCGGUCAUGGCCUACUUGAAGGAUAUGAACGACCUUGGCACGCUCCAGCAGAGUAAUCCACUAAGCAUGUAUGGUUCAUCGGCACAGGAAGAGCAUGGCGCUCGGUCACGGCGACCCACCAUUGUCGAGCGGGAGGUGUCCAUGGCGUCGACUGGUUCGACCAGCCUGGCCUCGGAUAGUUCUGUGCAACUGCGGUCGUCUGACUCCAUUGCUGGUCUGCGGAGUGGGACAUCGAGUCAGACGCUGAGUGUGGCAACGACGGAUAGUACUGGCUCGGGAGAAGAGCGCAAGUAUAAGGACGAUAAAGGGAAGCGAGCAGGCGUUAUCCGCGAGAUUGUCGUUCGAGCUGACGAGGCUGUUCUUGUGUGCAGGACCGAGCGGACUUAUGUCAAGGGGUUGCAAGAGCUUGUGGACAUUUAUAUCAAGCCUGCGGCUACUCCGGUUAACCUACUCAGUGGCGUUGGGUCAACCAAGGACACAGUUGUUCCAGCGUCUGAGCGGAAGGUUGUUUUUGGUGGCAUCGAUGCAUUGUUCUCCUUCCAUCAUGACAGCUUCCUCCCCGCACUCGAAGUUGCAGCGGCGCCUUUGAUGAAACCGACUCCGGAGCUCGAUAGCGACGGUCAACUUUCCUCGAGCGUUGCCAAGGCGGUAGGAAAUAUCUUCGUGAAGCAUGCUGCCUUCAUGAAGAUGUAUUCGAGCUAUAUCAACAACUUUGACAGUUCGGUGCAGCGAGUGAAGUAUUGGACGUCGGACAAGAAUGCCCCUGGUACUUCGAGCCCAGGUAAUGCCCUGUCUCCGUCCUCGAGUACCACGCAGCUCGCGGGUCUAGGCAUCAGCAUGGCGAUGGCGAGCGCGCCAAAUGGCAUUUCAGAUAGUAUGGCUUCCGCGACGGGUAUCCCCAAUUUGACCACAAGUCAGCGGAAGAGGAUAAAGACCUACCUCAAACGGUGUCGGCUGAACCCUAGGCACACACAGCUCAAUCUUGAAGGAUACCUCUUGCUUCCUGUUCAACGGGUACCCCGAUAUAAGCUUCUUCUGGAAGAGCUUUUGAGGAGUACUCCUCCUACUUAUGACUAUGUUGAUGAUCCAUUGGACCGGGCAUUAGCUGAGAUCUCAUCUCUGGCAACCAACAUGAACGAGGGCAAACGCGAGUCGGAGUCGCGGAGGAAGCUCGUACAAUGGCAAACGAGGAUACGUGGCAAGUUCCCGAGUCCGCUCGUACAACCUCAUCGACGCCUCAUCAUGGACGGUCCUCUCAUGCUAACACGCGUCGUCCGAAAGGCGGUUGUUUCAUUCGAGGCAAUCAAUGCACAGGGCGAUGCGUCUACUGUUCAAGUGGACUGCCUGGCGCCUGAGUUGACACCUCGACCACUUAUUGGGAUUCUUUGCAACGAUCUCUUGGUUCUAUGUCGCGAUCCUUCCGAUGGACAGGAUCCAGCAUCGUUCGUGGAUUUGUGGGCCGUGCUGAGGAUGCAGACUCUGCCUCAACCGGCAAGCAUCGUUCAUGGAAAUGCUCUGCGCCUAGUGGAUAAUAAGGCUAUAUUAUAUUUCGAUGCCCCAUCACCGUCCGACGCCUUGAAUUGGUAUCGAGGUCGGUGUUCUUCUCAUCUUAGUGCGACAUGUGGUCUCAACGCAGCCUUCGCCACAGCGAUUAAUUUGCACAUCCCCGCCUCAAAGGCUUAA